AUGUCCUCCUCGAACCCCCCCUUCACUACCGCCCUGCUCGCGGGCGGCAUCGCCGGCACCACUGUCGACCUCUCCCUCUUCCCCCUCGACACCCUCAAGACCCGCCUCCAGUCCUCCGCCGGCUUCUUCCCUUCGGGUGGCUUCACCGGUAUCUACCGCGGCAUCGGCUCCGCCGUCAUCGGUUCCGCCCCGGGCGCCGCUUUCUUCUUCUGCACCUACGAAGGGUCCAAGUCUCUAAUCUCGGCCCGUCUCGCCUCCCUCUCGUCCUCGUCCUCUGGCACAACGAAACCGGCGGCCUGGGUCGACCCUGUAUCGCACAUGCUCGCCGCCUCCCUCGGCGAGAUCGCCGCCUGCGCCGUCCGCGUCCCCACCGAAGUUGUGAAACAGCGCGCCCAGGCCGGCCAGCACGGCGGCUCCUCCCUCCUCGCCUUCCGCUCCAUCCUCGCUCAGUACAACACCCCCGCCGGCCUCGCCGGCGUCUGGCGCGAGCUCUACCGCGGCUGGUCCAUUACCGUCCUGCGCGAGGUCCCCUUCACCAUCAUCCAGUUCCCCCUCUGGGAGCGCCUCAAGCGCUGGGGCCGCGAGCGUAAGCAGAACAAGAACUGGAAGCUCGACGUCGACGGCGCCGCCAAGAAGCAGAUCGAGUACGAGGUCAGCGCCGCCGAGAGCGCCCUGUACGGCAGCGUCGCCGGCGCCGCCGCUGCCGGUAUCACGACCCCGCUCGACGUGCUCAAGACGAGAGUCAUGCUGAGCCAGCAGAAGGAAAAGAUCGGCGACGUCCUGACGACGAUAUACAAACAGCACGGCAUCAGGCCCUUCUUCGCGGGUAUCGGCCCGAGAGUCAUGUGGAUCAGCAUCGGCGGCUCCAUCUUCCUCGGCAGUUACCAAUUUGCGUCCAACACCCUGACCGGUGCAGUACUAUAA